AAAUACAUUAGAUUCCAUAGUAUUUUCUAACUGAGAAGUAAAUACAUUAAAGGAAAAUGGCUACAGAAGAUUCAUUAAAUGUCACAAAUACCCCAAAGACACUUCUCCUCCAGUCGACACAGGAUCAUGACAUUCUUAUCGCGGUGAUUGGCAUUUUAUCUUUCUUUAGUGUCAUAGGAACGGUUGGAAAUGCUCUUGUCCUAUAUGUGUAUGUCAAGAAGCGAAAUAAAUUAGCAUCAACGGUAUUCAUAAUCACGCUCGCUGGAACUGACUUUAUAACCUGCAUAUUAAUAAUUCCAUAUACAAUUGUUUUGGAAUAUAUGGUAUACUAUGUGAAGUAUGAUAUACUCUGUAAGUUUUACAUGUUUUUAAUCACAUCCAACGUGCCAUUCUCAGCAUUUAUAAUGAUGGCUAUAGCAGUUGAUAGGUACCUGUGUAUCUGCCAUCCAUUCACACAUAUACUUAACAAAAAGAUGGCUAAAGUUAUAAUUUCUGUUUUAGCAGGAAUAGCAUUUUCUCUCGGAAUUAUAACGGCCUUAAACUACGGAGUUUACUUUGUAAAGGAAUCUAAUUCUACGGCUACUGAUGGAGUUAAUGACAGUUAUAUAAACAUAGCAAACCAAAGUGGCAUUACUGUAUUAUCAAAAGAAGAAGAACCAGCGUAUGGAUUUAAUCUAUCAUACAAAACAGAUACCAUGAAAAAUGUGUUACACUUGAAGACACAACUAAUAGAAUAUAAAGGAAUUUGCCAAGUAAACGGUCUAAUAUUUAGUUUCCAGUUCACUGAUGUCUACCAAAAGAUUUAUUCAAGCUUCUUUGUGAUAGUGAUAGUUGUUGUAGUUGUUCUAUAUAUUCUUAUUUAUAAAUUCGUCUCUGUAAGGAGAGCUAAAAGACGACGCAUGCGCAGUCAAAGGUCAAUGUAUUCCUCGUAUAAAGAUCCACCUACAACAUAUGUGAAUACGAGAGCGUCCAUAAAUAAUGGAAGUAUUAAGACAGAAGUUGACAUGACCAGUGUUGUCGACGAACCACGCCCGAAAACAGAGAAGACUGCAUUUCUGAGAAGAAUGACAAUCAGAGAAAAAGGUCUUGUUGCCAACAUUCGGACCGCUGCCAUGCUUUUUGUCGUAACAGCUGUAUUUAUAAUAGUGUUUCUACCGGCGUGGCUAAUGGCACAUGAAGUGCUGCCAUACAAUAUGCUCAUCUUCUAUAUGUACUUUUUCUACAAUGUAGCUAAUCCAAUAAUUUAUGCCUUUAUGAACAAAGCAUUUCGCAGAGAUCUUAAAGACGUCAUAGAGUGCCGGGUUUCCCAAUGAAAUCAAUGUGAUUAACUUGACUAGGAUACUGCGUUUGAUAUUUGUACAUGUGUCAGUUGGUUCCCGGGUAUAAACAGUUUGAUAUUGCGAACAUGCAUUUGUGCUAUUUGUGCAUAUUUCCGUUAGAACAAGUACUUAUAAGUUACAUCUGAAAUUGCCUUUUGUCUGAAAUAUAUUGGAAAUGUUACC